AUAUUUUCAUAUAAUAAAAGCCUGUUUCCCUAUGGUUAUAACCCAGCCUCCCCUCCUCGGACACCACCAUUUUAAAGGGGGUUACUGCGCGGACUUCCCCGCAGUGCAUACGUUUUCUCUCUUUCUGGGCCGCGUCUCAUAGAGGAGGCGGCGACGGCGGCGGCGGGGGAGAGGAAGAGAAGGAAGCGUCUCCUCCUUGAGCCAAUGCAGCCCUCUGGCUCUCCGGGAGGAGCGUCCCUGCCCCGAUGAGCCCCCGCAGUGCGUCCGCCACCGUCCCCCGGCGGGAGUGGGGCGCGGAGCCCAGCGCCGACGACCGCAGCUACUUUGCCGGUGAGAGUAGGAUGUGGUGAAAGGAUGGGGCUUCUCCCAUACGGGGCUCACAAUGGCCAGAGAAGAUUCCGUGAAGUGCCUACGCUGCCUUCUCUAUGCCCUCAAUCUGCUCUUUUGGUUAAUGUCCAUCAGUGUGUUGGCAGUUUCUGCUUGGAUGAGGGACUACCUAAAUAAUGUUCUGACGUUAACUGCAGAAACAAGGGUAGAGGAGGCUGUCAUCUUGACUUAUUUUCCUGUGGUUCAUCCAGUCAUGAUUGCUGUUUGCUGUUUCCUUAUCAUUGUGGGGAUGUUAGGAUACUGUGGAACAGUGAAAAGAAAUCUGUUACUUCUUGCAUGGUACUUUGGAAGUUUGCUCGUCAUUUUCUGUGUGGAACUGGCUUGCGGUGUUUGGACGUAUGAACAGGAGAUUAUGGUUCCAGUACAGUGGUCAGACAUGGUCACUUUGAAAGCCAGAAUGACAAAUUAUGGCUUACCUAGAUACCGGUGGCUUACCCACGCUUGGAAUUUUUUCCAGAGAGAGUUUAAAUGCUGUGGGGUGGUGUACUUCACCGACUGGCUGGAAAUGACAGAGAUGGACUGGCCCCCAGAUUCCUGUUGUGUUAGGGAAUUCCCAGGAUGUUCCAAACAGGCCCACCAGGAAGAUCUCAGUGACCUUUAUCAAGAGGGUUGUGGGAAGAAAAUGUAUUCCUUUUUGAGGGGAACCAAACAACUGCAGGUGCUAAGGUUUCUGGGGAUCUCCAUUGGAGUGACACAGAUCCUGGCCAUGAUUCUCACCAUUACUCUGCUCUGGGCUCUCUACUAUGAUCGAAGGGAGCCUGGGACAGACCAAAUGAUGUCCCUGAAGAAUGACACGACUCAGCACCUGUCAUGUCACUCAGUAGAACUGUUGAAACCAAGCCUGUCGAGGAUCUUUGAACACACAUCUAUGGCAAACAGCUUUACUACACACUUCGAGAUGGAGGAAUUAUAGAGGAUGUCAAAAAAGGAAACUACAAAUUUAUUUUAUUGGACUCGUGCAUUCUUGAGCACACACUUAUCUGUUUCAGAAAUGUGUAGAAAUAAAAAUGUGGCCAUAAGGAAUGCCGGAGCAUGUAAUUUUCUACCCUUUAAAGUGAAGAGGGAAAAAUUCCAUUUUGUAAGUCACCACCUGGACAACGGUUGAUGAUGCCCUUUAUAAUGCUGAGGACAGAUCCAAUACCCACUUUAUAGCCUGUGUAAGAUUUUUACUGAACGCAGUUAUUCUUUGAGGCUCAUGCUUUGGCUUAGUUUGACCAGCAUUUCCGCAUCCAUGUAAACAAGCCAUGCUCUGGUGGCAUUGGAGCCACAGUAAAGUUUGAUUUACUUUCAUAAGCUUGCUAGUAUAUCAAGUACCAAUGAACUGCUAACACAGGAAGUUAGGCAGUAUUAAUGCAUUGUAUUACUUGGUGACAUAGUUUUUGGAGAGUGGGUUGAUUAUACAUAAGAAAACUUUGAAGAUUGGUGACUAUCUAAAUGUGAUUUUUUUUCUGGUUACUAAAAUAUUCUUGUUACUUAACAAGAGCAAAUUAACACAUUGUCUUAAACUGAUCAGGGAUCUAUGUGUAUAUAAGAGUCUGUGGUAAGUCUGUAUAAUUCAGUAGAUUUCAGUUCUUAUAAUGUUAAGAAUAACAAUUGUGAGUGGAAAGGAUAAAUUUGUCCUGUAUAGCACCAUUAUUGUUAACCUUUCCUGUAAUAGAGCUUUAAAAAUCCGUCUUGGGCUUAUAUUACGUACAUAACUGUUAAUUUAAAUACUUAACCACUAAUUUUGAAAGAUUGCCAGUGUGAUGCAUAGGAAUCAUUUUAAGUCAGAAUGUCGUCUGGUCUCUAGGAAAUAUUCCAAGGAAGUUUGCACAUAACGGUAGUUCAUUUAGCAAAAUCUUGGAUGCUGCCUUUCUCCCAAACUAAGGGUCUUUUUGACACUCAACACUUUUUAAAGCCUUUGUCUUCUCCAAACAGUAGGCAAUAGUCCACAAGUUUGAAUACAGCUCCAUAGAGAAUACUGUCCCUUCUCUCCAGCAAAAUGCCAAGAGAAUCAUUAAAAUAAGUGACAAUUUA